AUGUCGCGCGUGGACUUCCUUGCAUUUAACCUGCAGCUCUACGCCGCCGACUGGCUUCCGAUCUACUCGGCACCGACAACAGACACCAAGUGGGAACGACUACGCUGCAUCCUGACAGCCCAGCUGGAUACCGUGGCACCCCUGCGGCGGGUACGGGAGAGGCGGCCGGCCGUUGUCCCUGUCACACCGGAGACCCAGCAACUGCUCCGGGCGCGUUACGAGGGGGAGCUGGCGCGGGGCGGCCGAGCUGCGCUGUGGAGAGUGCUGCGGCCAGUGAUCGGUCGGAAGCAGCAGCAGUGCGCCGUGCCGAACAUCACACCGGACGCACUGAACGACUAUUAUGCGACUAUCGGGCCGCGCACAGCUGCCGGCGUACCUGCGCCCGCGGCGCCCGUGACUACGGUGACGGGGUCCGAGCCGGCGCCCGUCAUCAGCUGGCGGCUGGGCUCGCUGCCGGCGCCCGGCGCCCGCCAGCAGCCCAGUGCUGACGGCAACGGUACCGUCUCUGAGCUGACCUUCACCCCCGAGGUGUCCGACCAGGGUCGACCCGUCACCUGCAGUGCCGCCAACCCUUCCGCCGGCGGGCCGCCAGUAGAGGACAUUCUACCUCUGCACGUGCAGUACCCGCCGUCCGUGUUGCUGACGCUGCGGCCUGAGCGGCCCCUCCGGGAGGGACAGACAGCGCGUCUCUUCUGCAGUGUGCGGGCUGAGCCGGCCGUCACACAGGUCCGCUGGAAGCACGAGGUAAAUGUCCGAGACACGGCAGGACGGCGACCGUCCGACGGUGGCUAUACGUGGGCGACCAACAACACACUGUUCGAGAUGACAGGUUCGUCUGGCCGCUGGCUGCCCGAGCUGUCCCCGGGGAGCGCAGAGACAGCGCCGAACGGCAGCAGCGAACUGACACUGGCCAAUGUGCGGGCCAACGUCUCGGGAAACUACACCUGUCAGGCCACCAGCCCCCUGGGAACCGUCCAGAGCCAGCCCGUCACGCUGCGAGUCCAGUACGUGCCGAUGUGUGUAUCGGACACUCCUACUGUCCUGGAGGCAGCCCGAGGUGACAGUCUAAAUGUCAGCUGUCAUGUCGCCUCCUUCCCCAAACCCCUGCGCUUCCGAUGGAGCUUCAACAGUUCAGACGCCCUGAUACCACAGCGGGAGUUCAGUCGCAGCCUGGUGAACGGCAGCACGCUCAGCUAUACGCCUCAGCUGCCGUCAGAGUUCGGCACGCUCCUCUGCUGGGCGACCAAUGAGCUCGGCGAGCAGCGCGCGCCCUGCGCCUACCUCGUCCAGCCGGCGGACGUUCCCGACCCUCCAUCGGACUGCGUCAUCAUCAGUCGCACCGAGACCGCUCUGGUGGUCCGCUGUCAGCCAGGAUUUGACGGUGGUUCCCGGCAGAUGUUCAUGAUGGAGGUGUGCGGGAUCAGCGGCGGUCAGCAAAGGAAUGUGACCUCAGCCAGCGCCAGACUGCGAGCGAGUGGCCUCGAUCCCGGUCAGCAGUACCACCUCUCCGUGUACGCCGUCAACAGACACGGCAGCAGCACGGCUGCCACCCUCGUGGCCAGCACGGCGGCAGACGAACGGAACGCCCAACAGCACCACGGGUCUGUGUCCGAGCUGCUGCAGCUGACGCCGAUCCUGGGUGUUCUGAUUGGCCUCGUCACCGCACUGGUGCUCACCGCGGCCAUUCUGGUGGGCACGCGUCGCUGCCGCGCCCGGCCGACCGCUAAGGAUAACUCUCAGGGAGUGUCUCAUGUUCAACUGGUGAAUAACUUGAGUGACUUAGGAAGUCUGGAAGAGAAACAUGACCCUGACCUGAUACCACAAAAGACAGAAUGCAUCGACCCAGAAGAGAAGCACAUGAUUGAGCGGCUACGCAACAGUCGUUUUCCUCCGCCACCUGCGCGCUUCGGAGACAGCUCUGCCCUGUCUCCUAGUGAGACACGUCUCUUGUCUCCCAGUGAGACGCGUCUCUUGUCUCCCAGUGAGACGGGACUGCUGUCUCCGACCUCGAGGACGCUCCCACGUCCCGAGCGGGUGUCAUCUUGUGGAACUCAGACAGCCUCACUCAGCCCGCGAGGGGGUCACAAG